AAUGUCUUUAAAUUAGCAGUAUUAGGAAGCCAAAUGGCGGUAGGGGUGGAUUCAAAAAUUAAUUUCAGGAAAUCCUUUCAAUUGCAGCCCAUAUGCCGUGCUCCACGGCAACUCCACCCCACAUCUUCACUGUCUUCCUCCUCUUCUUUUGUAUCUGGGCACCGAUAACGCAGUCGGUGCCAGAUGAUUCGGGAUUUCUACAAUUACCUUCCGAUGGGUUCAUCAAUGUUGAUGAGAGUGAAGGAGUCUGUGCAAGAUUCACCAAGCCCGCGUCAUGCCCAGUCAAUUGCUUCCGAACGGAGCCAGUUUGCGGCGUUAAUGGCGUCACAUACUGGUGCGGCUGCGCCGAUGCCUUCUGCGCCGGUACUCGCGUGGCCAAAUUAGGAUUUUGUGAAGUUGGGAGUGGAGGUAGCGCUUCCUUUUCGGGCCAAGUGCUGCUUUUGGUUCACAUUGUCUGGCUGAUCUUGCUGGGAUUUUCUGUAUUGUGUGGUCUUUUCUAAUUCUUCAAAGGAGACAGAUUUUGGUUCCUUAUUUCUCAUUCUUAACCCUUGUAAAUGAGAUUCUUUGGAUUCAAAUAAACAAUUCCAUUCAUUUUUUAAGGCAUAAA